AAAGACUUUAUUUUGCGUUUCUUUAUCAGUCAAUAUACUAUUCUAAGGUUUUUUUGUCCUUAUUUUGUAAGCAUUUAAUUCUUUUACAUAUAUUUGUUACUUUUCUCUAUUGAGAACAAGGGAAGGAUAGUCAACAAUUGGGGAAAUUCAAGUCUUGUACAGCUGUGGUUUGUUUGUUCUUAGUAUUUUUUUUUCUUCUUCUUGUGAAUUGGGUGUUUUGGUGGAUCGGUAAGGAAAAUUCUAACAUGCCCAUUUCAUGAUUUUGUUUUGAUUUUCUGUUUAUAUAGGAAAAUUUAGGCCUGGGGGUGUUUAAAGUUGUUUUUGUUGCUGGGUUUUUUUGUUUUUGCCUGUUUAAUGUUCUUUGAUUAUGCAGGUUGAGAAAUUCUUGGGGGGAAAAUUAUUUUCUUUUAGAUGUUGAGUGAUAAUAGAUAAAGAAGUGAGAAGUGUGGAGGGGGAAUUGAAUUUUAUGGAUAAUCUAUGUUGCUUCAACUCAGUCUAUUCUCAGGGAAGACGUUCUUCGUGUAGCUCUGGAAAGGGUAGAAGCCAUCAGGGGCUUGUCAAGUAUGGCUUCACCUUGGUGAAAGGAAAAGCAAAUCAUCCCAUGGAGGAUUAUCAUGUUGCAAAGUUUGCUCAGCAUCGGGGACAUGAGCUCGGACUUUUUGCCAUAUAUGAUGGCCAUUUGGGAGAUAGCGUACCAGCCUAUCUGCAAAAGCAUUUGUUUUCCAACAUCUUGAAGGAUGAGGAGUUUUGGACCAAUCCCAGGGGGUCCAUCUCUAAAGCUUAUGAGCAGACAGACCAAGCAAUUCUCACACACACUCCCGACUUGGGUCGAGGGGGAUCCACUGCUGUCACUGCAAUUUUGAUAGAUGGGCUGAAAUUAUGGGUUGCCAAUAUUGGAGAUUCACGUGCUGUUCUCUCAAAGGAAGGGCAGGCGAUACAGAUGAGUAUCGAUCAUGAGCCGAACACAGAGCGUGGCAGCAUCGAGAACAGAGGUGGCUUUGUCUCAAACAUGCCAGGGGAUGUGGCAAGAGUGAAUGGCCAACUUGCUGUUUCUCGCGCAUUUGGAGAUAAGAAUCUUAAGUCACACCUCCGAUCCGAUCCCGACAUGAAAACUGUCGAUAUUGACUCGGAUACCGAACUUCUCAUCCUUGCAAGUGAUGGACUAUGGAAGGUCAUGUCCAAUCAAGAAGCCGUUGAUAUUGCGAAAAAGACCAAGGACCCGCUUCGAGCAGCUAAAAGGCUAAUAACCGAGUCACUGAACCGAGACAGUAAGGAUGAUAUCUCCUGUAUUGUAGUUCGUUUCAAGGGUUAAUUGCAAAACCAAAAAUGCAAUGGAAGAACAGUUCCUCGAUCGAAUGAGAUACGAUUCAAAAGGGUAAACACCAACUAGCAAUCUCAUUAAAAAUGCAUAAUGCUGAAAGUUUGUAGUAGAUUUCAUUAUCGUUAAGGUACCCCAUUUGAUAGGAAAGAAAGUAAAAGAGUAGUAAUCUAAUGGUUGAAAUUCAUGCAUAUGAUCAUAUCGAUGUAUGCUAUAUGUUCUUGGUCGAGUCAUUAGAUUAGACGUGUUCCUUUCAAUUUUCCUUUACUUUCCUUCUUACCAAACAGAGUGUUAGUGUUUGUGGCGGCAAGCGGCGGCUUGCCGGCUUUGGUAUUUGGUUGAAUUCUUCAUUGUAGAUUCAUUUCCAUCAUUUUAUGUAUAAUUUUGCAUUGCACCUCUUUAAGGCAUUGAAGAUGGAAAAGCUCAAAUCUGUUGAAAUAGCUUCAACUCUUCAGAUUUUUUGAAGUCUAA